CCAAAAUCCUCUUACAACCUCAGUUUGGUUCAGUUACACUUAAACUGAUUUAAACGCGUCACAUGGUCGGAAAUCAGUGCCUUCAGGCUGUGAAGUACCCGGAUGAUACACAUCGUACCUGACCCACGAGCUGGACUGAGCUGAGCAGAGCUGACCACUAUGGAUUUCAUGACGGACCGAGAUGCGCAGAAAUACCUGGAGGAUGGUUAUGUGGUGCUGGACGGGCUGCUGACCCCACAGGAGUGUGACGAGCUGAGGCAGAGGAUGACGGAGAUAGUGGACAGGAUGGAUGUCCCUGAGCACUGCCGCACCACCUUCUCCACCUAUCACCAUGAGCAGCUCAAAACACAGGGAAAUGCCGACUAUUUCAUCACCAGCGGAGAUAAGAUCCGCUUUUUCUUUGAGAAAGGAGUUUUUGAUGACAAAGGGGAAUUCCUCGUAUCAAAACAGCGCUCACUAAAUAAAGUCGGACAUGCGCUGCAUGCGUAUGAGCCAUUGUACAAAAAGGUUACACAUUCACCCAAAGUUCAGGGUAUAGCAAAGAAGCUGGGUCUCGUGAGUCCUCUGAUACUGCAAAGCAUGUUUAUUUUCAAGCAACCAGGGAUCGGAGGGGAAGUGACGUCACAUCAGGACGCCACAUUUCUGUACACAGAGCCCCUGGGGAGAGUGAUGGGUCUGUGGAUCGCCCUGGAGGAUGCCACUGUCAACAACGGCUGUCUGUGGUUCAUCCCAGGAUCACACAACAGUGGUAUUUCCAGACGUAUGGUGCGCACUCCAAAAGGCACCUAUCCCUUGACAGAUUUUGUCGGUCUCGAGCAGGAGUACGAUGCGGGAAAGUUUGUCAGCGCUCCUGUUAAAAAAGGUAGUGUAGUCCUGAUUCACGGGCAAGUGGUGCAUCGCAGUGCUGAAAACACCUCUGAAGACUCCCGUCAUGUCUACACCUUCCACCUCAUGGAGUCCCAGGACACACGCUGGAGCACGGACAACUGGUUGCAACCCACAGAAGAGCUCCCCUUCCCUCCUCUCUACACUAAAUGAAGAAUGUUUUUAGCAUCUGGUGCUGCAGCUCACGGGGAGACACAAAGUACUUUCUUUCCUGUGGAGGGACCAACAUGAGUUUACUGUUUGAAGAAAAAGAA